AUGCCAAAACCAGCCCCAAAUCUUAAUAUUCCCCCCUCUUCCACCACCGUAAGUGUCCGCAUCAUCGAUACUACUACCCAUAUCUCCGGUAUUCCCCUCUCCGAAUUUGUUUCCCCCGCCAUCUCCGGACACACUCACUUUUCCAUCCCCGCCUAUUCAUUUCUCAUUGAGCAUCCCUCCUCCCGCUCUCUCCUCUUCGAUCUUGGUGUCCGCAAAGACUGGGAAAAUCUCUCCCCCCGCAUUACGGAACGCAUCAAAGAUGGCGGCUGGAAAGUCACUGUUCAGAAGGGUGUACGUGAGCAACUAGAGGAACAUGGGGUAUCGGCUGCCAGCAUUGAAGCCGUGAUCUGGAGCCACUGGCACUGGGAUCAUAUUGGAGAUCCUAGUACAUUUGAUAAAUCCACCGCUCUGGUCGUUGGUCCUGGGUUCAAAGAAUCUUUCACCCCGGGUUACCCCUCCGAUAAUUCCUCCCCUAUUCUUGAAAGCGAUUAUGCCGAUCGUGAACUCCGUGAAAUUGCUUUCAAUUCUGGUCUCAAGAUUGGCCGCUUCGAAGCAUUUGAUUAUUUUGGAGAUGGUUCUUUCUAUUUACUCAAUAGUCCGGGGCAUACUAUCGGCCAUAUGUGUGCAUUAGCUAAGGUCAAAAUGAAUCCAAAUUCAUAUGUAUUCAUGGGAGGUGAUGCGUGUCAUCACGGGGGCGAAUUUCGACCUUCACCUUAUCAUCCUCUUCCAGAAUUUCUCACACCAGCUCCUUUGCCGAGUUACGGGACAACCUGCCCAGGUUCGCUCUUUGAGCCUCUUCUCCGUGAUAAUGACAGGGACAAACCGUUUUACGCGAUAGCGCGAAGGGAUGAUGGAAAAGGGGUAGCGCAUGAUGUCGAUGAGGCAGAGAGAACGAUUGAAAAAGUCAUGGAAGUGGACGCAUCGGAUGAAGUAUUAGUUGUUAUGGCACACGAUGAGACAUUGAAAGAUGUGGUAUCUUUUUUCCCUCAAUAUGCCAAUAGCUUUAGGAAAAAUGGAUGGGCAGAAAAGGGAAGAUGGUUAUUUUUGAGAGAUUUUGCAGGGGCUGUGGAGAAUUAA